GGUGUAAGGUGUUCUUGCAUUUUGGUGGUUUUUAUUGCACUUUGUAUUCAUGUCAGUCGAAUUUGAACCUUAUGUCUACCGCAUGUGUUCUUUCAGCUGAGAGUGGAACCGUGUCGUCGCGGUCAAUCUGAACCGGAUUGAUUCCUCGUGUUGUGAUGGCUCUCGGUAGUGAAGUGAAUGAUAGCUCCUCAAAAAAUACUUCCCAGAAAGUGAAAAAAUGUCCAGCGAACAUUACAGUGAAUGAUAAAAGCGGUGGCGACAAUGUUACCAAAGCUGAUAAACAAAGUAAACAAUCAGUGAAAAUGAAGAAAGAUGCCGAAUCAAAAACAGUAGCCGUUAGUAAUGGUCACGCAAGCACCCCGAAUGGACGAGCCGACGACGAAGGCGGUGGUGGUAGCGCUGCUACGCCGCGCGUUUCUUACGCUGCUGCAGCUCGCAAACCGGCCUCACCGCAGUCUAGCAUCACGCCUGCACCUUUCCCCUUAAAUACAGAAACUCAAAAAGCCAAAACUAAUGGCGAGAAGUUGUUACAAAUAAAAACUACGACAACUAAAGCUGGAGAAGAAACAAUAACAAAGGUUAAUGAUAUUACAAAAGAUAAGAUAGAUACCAAAGAACAAAUCCUAAACGGCACAGAAACAUCAUGUGACACCUUAGUUAACGGUGAUCCAAAAAAAGAUCCAGAUUGUGAUAUUAGCAGUAGUGAUAAUACUAAAGUAGUUACUAAUGGAAUUAAUAGUGAUUCCGACGACACAAAAUCGAGUAAGUCUGACGAAGGGCAUAAAGCCGUUGUUCCUAAUGUAUGUCCAAAUAAGUCCGAGGAAAAACAGGUUUCUGAUAAAAAGAAAGACAAUAAGAAAACUAAGACAGCUGAGAGAAGCAGUGAUUCGGAGAAGAAAAAAGAUUCUUUAAAAAAUAAAAAUCAAGAAGCCAAAAAAGAGGAUGAAGCACCUGUAAAUAAUGGUGAAGCUUCGGAAAAAGUUAAUGGCGAUAGCAAUAAAGUAGUUAAUGGUGAUGGCGAAAGGGAGUCUUCACCGAGUGAAGAUGGUGAUGAAAAAAAGAGAGAUGCUGAAGUUGUUUUUAUUCAAGAUAUGGGUUUCACGGUUAAAAUUGUUAGUCCAGGCGCUGAGCCUCUAGAUAUCCAAGUAUCAAGUAUGGAACUAGUUCAAGAAAUACACCAAGUGCUGAUGGACCGUGAAGACACAUGCCACAGAACUUGUUUCUCUUUACAACUGGAUGGUGUUACUUUAGAUAAUUUUGCAGAAUUGAAAAAUAUCGAAGGACUAAAAGAGGGAUCUAUCAUUAAGGUUGUAGAAGAACCUUACACAAUGCGCGAGGCUCGAAUCCAUGUCCGUCAUGUUAGGGAUCUUCUUAAGUCUAUAGAUUAUACAGAUGCGUAUGCAGGCCAGGAAUGCAGUUCUCUUGCUUUCCUAAACAUUAUUACACAAGGGGAUAUAUUAGAAAAGAAGAAGUCACGUCCAGAAAGUGUGGAUUGUACGCCACCAGAUCACAUAAUGCCGGGAAGCACGGAGCGACCUUUACUGCCGCUCCAUCCCGGCCUCACAAAAGAAAAUCAAGCCCCGCAAUGUCUCAAGGUGCUGACCACGUCCGGCUGGAACCCGCCGCCCGGACCGCGCAAGAUGUGCGGCGAUCUUCUAUAUCUGCAUGUUGUUACUCUCGAGGAUCGCCACUUUCAUAUCACAGCGUGCCCGAGGGGAUUUUACCUCAACCAGUCAAACGAAGAGCUGUUCAACCCUCGUCCAGCGAACCCGCCCCUGCUGUGCCACUCGUUGAUCGAGCUGCUGAGCAUAGUGUCGCCGGCCUUUAAGCGUAACUUCGCGCUGGUGCAGAAGCGGCGUAUGCAGAAGCACCCCUUCGAAAGAGUCGCUACCCCUUACCAGGUGUACCAGUGGGCCUCGCCGAUGCUUGAUCACACUGUAGACGCCAUCCGCGCCGAAGACACCUUCUCGUCUAAACUGGGCUAUGAGGAGCACAUCCCGGGGCAGACGCGCGACUGGAACGAGGAGCUGCAGACGACGCGCGAGCUGCCGCGCUCCACGCUGCCCGAGCGACUAUUGCGAGAACGGGCUAUUUUCAAGGUGCACAGCGACUUCGUGGCGGCGGCGACGCGCGGCGCCAUGGCGGUGGUGGACGGCAACGUGAUGGCCAUCAACCCCGGCGAGGAGCCCAAGAUGCAGAUGUUCAUAUGGAACAACAUCUUCUUCUCGCUCGGCUUCGACGUGCGCGACCAUUACAAGGACUUAGGAGGUGACGCGGCGGCUUUCGUAGCGCCCCGUAACGACCUGCAAGGCGUGCGAGUGUACAGCGCAGUGGAUACCCCGGGACUGCACACACUAGGCACGGUGGUGGUCGACUACCGCGGGUACCGCGUCACGGCGCAGUCCAUCAUCCCCGGGAUACUUGAGAAGGAACAGGAGCAGAGCGUCGUGUACGGCAGCAUUGACUUCGGCACCACUGUGCUGUCGCAUCCUAAGUAUAUGGAGUUGCUGAGCAAAGCUGGUCAGCAGUUGAAGAUCAUGCCGCACUCGGUGAUCAGCGCCAACGGCGACACGGUGGAGUUGUGCUCGAGCGUGGAGUGCAAGGGCAUCGUCGGCAACGACGGCCGCCACUACAUACUCGACCUGCUGCGCACCUUCCCGCCGGACGUCAACUUCUUGCAGCUGACAGAUGAUGAACUGAGGGAGGACAUCAAGUCUAUGGGAUUUCCGAUAGUACACAAGCACAAACUAUGCUGUCUGCGACAAGAAUUAGUCGAUAGUUUCGUUGAGGCUCGUUACUUCAUGUUCAUACGUUACGCCGCCUUCCACUUGCAACAGUUGAGUGCAAAGCGUCAACGUGAUAACGAACCCAAAUCGAUUGAGGCCAACAAGGACUCGGACAAAAAAGAUACUACAGAAGAGGCAAAGGGAAAAGUAGAAAAGAGCCAAGAAAAGGCUAAAGAUAAGAAAGGGAAGAAAGAUGACAAAGACAAUAAGGAAAAAGAAAAGAAAGAGAACAAAGCAGAGAAGGAAACAGAUGAUAAAGAAUCAAAGAAUGAUGAUAAAGGCAAAGAUGAUGACCUACUGCUGAAUGAAAACUAUUCCGAUAUUGAUACGGAUGUGGCUAAGAAGAUCGUGGAAAGUAUAACGGAUUCCAUCUGCAGUGGAGAUAAGGAUAAGGAGAAUGAUUCGGGCGAGCGCUCCCGCGCGGUGGUGGCGGCGGCGGCGCGCGCCGUGGCGUCGCUCAAGGAGUCGGAGUUCGACGUGCGCUUCAACCCCGACGUGUACUCCGCCGGCAUCAAGCACGCCGCCGCGCCCGAGCAGCUCGCCAAACAGCGCCACCUCGUCAAGGAGGCCGCCGCCUUCCUGCUCACCACGCAGAUACCAGCUUUCGUGCGCGAGUGCCUGGAGCACACGUCGGCGCCGAUGGACGGCGCGGGGCUGACGGAGGCGCUGCACGCGCGCGGCAUCAACGUGCGCUACCUCGGGCGCGUGGCCGCCGCGCUGCGCCCGCACCACAACCUCGCCUACCUGCACGCCAUCGCGCUCGCCGAGCUGCUGCUGCGCGCCGCCAAGCACGUCUACACCGCCUACCUGCAGGGUUGCGAGGCGAUGAGCAUCGGUUCGGGCGUGGCGCACUUCCUGAACUGCCUGCUGGGCGCGUGCGCGGCGCCAGCGGUGUGUCGGCGCCGGAGGGCGCGGGCGGUGCGCGCGGCGGGGCGCGGGGGCCGCGGGCGCCGGGCGCGCCGCCACGCGCAUGCGCCCGCCUCGCCGCAGCCCGACUGGCACAACCUCACGCCCAAGACACUGUUUUCGCAGAUCAAACAGGAACUCAAGGCUUAUUGGGGCUAUGAAUUAAACGCUGAUAACAUGGAGUCUGUCAUAGAGAAAAAUGGGCUACAAAAAAUAUCGCUUCUCAGGUCAUUUGCACUUAAAGUUGGCUUGCAAUUAUUAUUGCGGGAAUAUGAUUUCGACAAUAAGAACAAGGGGCCGUUCACAAGUUCCGACAUUAUGAACAUAUUCCCUGUUGUUAAACAUAUCAACCCUCGCGCAUCCGACGCUUACAACUUCUACACGACUGGUCAGAACAAGAUCCAAGCAGGCGCUGUAUCGGAGGGCCACGAACUUAUAGCGGAGGCCCUGAACCUUCUGAACAACGUGUACGGCGCGAUGCACGGCGAGAUCGCGCAGUGUCUCCGCAUGGUGGCGCGCCUGUGCUACGUCACCGGCGAGCACAGGGACGCCAUGGCCUACCAACAGAAGGCUGUGCUCAUGUCCGAGAGGGUCAACGGCAUUGAUCAUCCGUAUACUAUUACUGAAUAUUCUCACCUGGCACUGUACUGCUUUGCAAAUGGUCAAGUAAGCACCGCAUUGAAGUUGCUAUACCGUGCACGCUAUCUGGCGUUGCUUGUCUGCGGUGAAAACCAUCCUGAAAUGGCACUUUUGGACAGCAACAUCGCGCUGAUCCUGCACGCGGUGGGCGAGUACGAGCUGUCGCUGCGGUUCGCGGAGCGCGCGCUGAGCGUGACGAGCGCGUCGCACGGCGCGCGCUCGCUGAAGGCCGCCGUCGCGCGCCACCUGCUCGCGCGCACGCUCUCCUGCCUCGGCGACUUCCGCGCCGCGCUGCAGCACGAGAAGGAGACCUACUCCAUCUACAAGCACCUGUUGGGUGAGAAGCACGAGAAGACGCGCGAGUCGUCGGAGUGCCUGCGCCACCUGACGCAGCAGGCGGUGGUGCUGCAGAAGCGCCUCGCCGAGGCGUACGCGCGAGCGCCACUCGCGCCGGCGCACCACCCGCCGCUGCACAUCCAGCCGCCCGGCAUGGCCUCCGUCAUCGACAUGCUCAACCUCAUCAACGGGAUCCUCUUCGUGCAGAUCAGCCCUCAAGACAUUGAGCAGUUUAAAGCGGAGAUCGAAAAAAGACAGCUGAAGGACCUGCCGAUCCCGGGCAUCCUGUCGGAGCUGGGCGGCAAGGCGGCGGAGGGCGCGGAGGCGGCGGCGGGCGAUAGUUGAAGUCCUCUCUCGCCUCCCUCCGGACUGUGUAGUGAUAGCGACUCGUCGCUCGUUCAUUACGUACGUUACAUUAUAUUACGUACUGUUACUUUAAUCGAUUGAUGAUAUUGUUCCUUAUCUAUGAAUGUAUGCGGUAGUGAAUAGUGUGCUAAGGUUUGAUGUAGAUUUUUUUUAUUAGAAAAAUUGUGGAUAUAAUUUCGACUAAUAAAUUGAGUUGUUCGAAUGAAUUCUCGCGUUUUGCGGUAGAUUAUGCGUGUGCAUCUUUCCAUGUUUCGCUCAAAUGUCGCAAAUAAAGGUUUUUAUUUUGCGCAUUCAUUUGGAAUUUACAAUUGUUACACUCACCCAAAGUAGUGCAAUUUCAACAUAGUGAUAAUAGCAAUAUUUUUUGGUUGUGAACCUGGGACCGUGUGUGUCGCUGAGUAAUGGUUACUGGUGCUACUGCCAAUUUACCCUUCGUAUAUGAUUUUAUUAUGGAUUUGUUAUCGUCGAGUAUUAUUUUUUUAGUAUGGGAGUAUAAUUAUUGUUGAGACACCCAUAGCAGUAGAAAUUCAGUUAUAUUGUAAUUGAAAUGUAACAGAAUUAAAAAAAAUAAACUUUAAUCCUGUACACGAUUGCCUACAAAGAUUUUAAUUUAUUGAUAUUUUUAUGUGUAAGGUGUUCGACAACCACUGCCUUAUUGUUACAGUUGAUAUCUGGUUUUCGUUGUUAGUGCCAUAUAUGUAUGUAGUGAAUGUUAGUGAUUAUAUUAUGUAAUAUUUUCGUUAGUCUGUGAUAUAGAAAGUUUUUAUCAUCGAGUCAACUUGCCUUAUGUAAUGCAAUAACAUUGAUCUUUGUUACCGGCAAUGCGUCCUUAAUGCACGUAACAAAAUAUUUUAUUGUAUCAAACAAAAUAGAUUACUAGUAACUUUCAUACCGACUGACUAUUCGUGUCGUUUAUCUUUGUGUGUGACAAAUUAUAUUUUCGUUGUUUCGGUGUUUAUAUAUGAAGUACCAAGUUCAAUAAGUUUCACUCUCGAAUUAGUUUGAUCAAACUUUAUAAGAUGGUUAUAAAAGAGGAAUUGUACGUGCCUAAUGUAAAUGUCAUUUAUUAAUGUCCGUUCUUAUGUAUCCGCCUUAUCUUUCUACUUCUGUGAUCACAGUCACUCCAUUAUUGUCGUUUUCGCUGUUAGCAAUUGCUUCGGUAUGAUUUCCUUGUGCUGUGUUGGAUUUCUAAACGUUGGGUGCACAAACCACACUCGUCGAUUAUGUUGGGAUCGUACGUGAAUACGCACACUAUAGAGCUGGGUUAAGCGAAAUAUAUACAAUGUUGUUCAAUAAAGUUACGUGCCUAAGCAAAUAAACAAUUGUUGUUGUUACAUUUCUUUAACAAUAUGAUGACCAUGUAAAUACGGCGCUGUUCGUAGUAUAAUAUAAUAAAAAUCGUUUUUAAAA